AAAGGGAUUUUCCCGUAUUUUUACCUAAAAAAGUUGUUUUUCACGAAAAUUGUUAUUCGGUUUUUGCUUCGGUUUGUUCACAAAUUAAUGUUUUAAACGAUGAACGGCAAUGAAACAACAGCCGGUCACCUUAAGGAUUUUGACUGGCAACUUAACCUGGUCUUAUCAAGCGACAAAUUGUCUUCGUUAAACCAGCCUUUAGUAAAAGUUGAUUUGGACAUUCAACCUGACCAAAAAUCACCAGAAACCAAAACCACUUCAAUUGAAAUGAACAAAGACGAACUUAAGCUAUUAAUAAAUGCAUUAGAAAGGGCUAAUGAAGCUCUGGACCAAGCAAAGUCGUAGAAAUGUUGAAUUGCAUUACUUUUUAAUGUUGCUAUAAUUAAUAUGCAUAUGUUUUAAAUUCCAUUGAUUUUUAUGUAAGUAAAACUACAAUGAAUAAUGUCACUAGGAAUUUUUUGAACUCUUAUUGUGUUUUACUGAAAAAUGUCAAUAGUGGUUAUUUGUUUUGCAACUUUUUAAUGUAUAGUGUUAAUUUAACUUGAUUCCUUCAAAAAACAUUUUGGAACAAUUAGUGUUUUAAUUUACACACUUAUAUGAUGAUUCCUUCGUUAAAAAACUGUAAAAGAUGUAUGUAUCACACUAUCCCUUUCUUCUUUAUAUUAAAAACUGUAAAACACUUUUACAAAAAGAUCUCUAAACUGUUUCUCUGUAUAACAAAUAAUAUAUAUAUCUCAGUUUUUCAUUUUCUACUGUUCAUGGCGUAAUAACUAUAUAUUUAAUGACAUAAAUGUUAAUUCAUUCAUUCAGCGUGUACAACCUAAUUAACAAUAUGACAGAUAAAUACAAGGUUGUUAUAAAAUGGAACGGACAAAAUUAUCCACUCGAAAUCUCCCCGGACAUGACGGUGAAGGAUUUAAAACUUUUAAUCGAAGGUGAAACAAAAGUUCGAUCUGAUCGACAAAAACUUCUCAAUCUUAAGUUUAAAGGUAAACCUGCUGAAGAAAAUGCAGUGUUGACCGAUUUAAAAGUAAAACCAAAUAUGAAGAUAAUGAUGAUGGGAACCACUGAAGAAAACUUGGAAGAAGUCCUUGGUCCUCCACCUGAUGUUGGUGAAGUCAUCAAUGAUUUUGACAUCGGGGAUGAAGAGGAGAUAAAAUUGGAACACAUGGAAGAGCAUUUAGCUAAGAUUGAAAGAAGAGUACAAACUUAUGAAGUGAAGAAAAUUAACGAUCCUCGGGAAGGGAAGAAACUCUUGGUGUUGGAUGUUGAUUAUACUUUGUUUGAUCAUCGAUCAAAUGCAGAGAAAGCUGAUGAAUUAAUGAGACCGUAUCUGCACGAGUUCCUAACAAGAGCAUAUGUUAAUUAUGACAUCGUUAUUUGGUCUGCUACAAGUAUGAAAUGGAUUGAAGUUAAAAUGAAGGAAUUAGGCGUAACAAGCAACCAAAACUAUAAGAUUGCAUUUUUCAUGGACCACGGUGCCAUGAUAACUGUACAUACACCUUCAUAUGGUGUUAUUGAUACAAAACCCUUAGGAGUGAUUUGGGGGAAAUACCCAGAAUUCUACUCUGCUAAAAACACCAUUAUGUUUGAUGAUUUGCGAAGAAAUUUCCUCAUGAACCCUCAGUCAGGGUUAAAGAUCCGUCCAUUUAAGAACGCCCACCAAUCUCGAACAACAGACGUUGAACUACAAGGUUUAUCUCAAUACUUGGAAGAUAUUUCUCAUCUUGAUUCAUUUAAAGAACUUAAACAUAGAAAGUGGGAGAGUUAUCACAAGAAAGUGAGGAAGUGAGACAAAACGUCACAAUGCCAGGUUUGAUGUAACAAAGAAGAACGAAUAGAAAAAAAAGUGUUUUUUAUAAACAAAAAGUGAAGAAUUAUAAACAAAAAGUGAAUAUUUUUUUCAUCAACAUUUGAUAUUUUGCUUUAAAUAUCCGGGAACGUAUUGUAUGUAACACAACGGCAUUUAUUCAAAAUAGGUGCGUAAGCUUGUAUAAAUCGUGAAAAAUUGCUUCCGCAAGGCGUCACUAUAGAGCUACGUUGGUGAAUGUGUAUAUUUUCGUUUCAGUGUCUCUUUUAUUUGUUGUUAAAGUGAAACGUCUUUGUCAAGUGAAUCCUUUGUUUGUUGUUCCAGAAAGUUCCGUUAAAGUGAAUUUUGACGUUAUAAAUACAAUAUCAUGCAGAACUUA